GUCAAGAACUUACAUUAUCCCUAAACGGUUAAAGUGUAAUAUAAUUAGUACCGAAUAGAUGGCGUAUAACUGAAUCAAAGCGACAUCUACUGUAAGUUAUUAUAAGAAUUACCGCAACCUAACCCAAAAACUAAUGUAAACAAGGCACUUUUGACAUUUGACAUAUAUAUAAGCAAAUUCAAUCGUUUUUACUAUCCCGUCAGAAUUUGGAAUUUACAAUACAUCCGUAGAAUUACACGUGUAGAAAUAUUUGGAGCAAACUAUCAAACAUGAAAUAAGAAUACCAACAUGCUAUCUGUAGCAGCAUUGCUGUUAUUGAUAGUUCCUUUGCAGACUGGCAAUGUGAAUGGACAUAGCAACUCUAAAGAAUCUCUGAUUUUUGACCCGUUAGGGCCUCUUGUGAGAUGCAAUUUUCUUUCGUGGCAGUUUAUUGACUGCCAAGAGCCUGUUGAUCAUAAAGGCAACAAAACUGCAAAAGAAGAAUUAGGGUAUGGGUGUCUGAAGUUUGGUGGAAUGAAAUAUGAAGAUGUGGAAAAAACAAAAAUUGUCUGCCAGGUGCUUCAAGAUAUAGAAUGUUUUGGAAAUAGAACAUUUCUUAAAGAUGGAGUUCCAUGUAUUAAGUAUUCCAAUCAAUACUUUACCACAACUUUAUUAUACAGCAUCCUUUUAGGUUUCCUUGGUAUGGAUAGAUUUUGCCUUGGUCAAACAGGAACUGCUGUAGGCAAACUUUUAACUCUAGGUGGACUUGGUAUAUGGUGGCUUGUAGAUAUUGUUUUGCUGGUACUGAAUAAUCUCACCCCAGAGGAUAAUAGCAAUUGGAACCCCUAUGUUUAAUAAAUAACUUUUCAAGACUAGUCAUUAUUUCAUGAAAAUAUAACAAAAAUGGAGUAAAAAAAGUAAAACGUUAAUAGUAUUUGAACAGACCCGUAAGUUUUUGGACCAUGUUCUAAAUUAAACAGAAACAUGAAAAAGGACCAAGGAUAUGUUUGGUUUUUAUCUCGACUAAUUUCUUCUCCAAAAAAAAAUAUUUUAAUCUCUCAAAAAAUGUAGGCAUUAUGAAUUUGUUUGUCAGUCUUAAUUUUGCCAUCACAUGACAGGAAAUUGAUAAAGCUUUUUUGCCCUUGAGAAAUACCAUGUACUAAAAUUAGAAUUGUGCUUUCUGAGUAAUCGAGUGGCAGGUUAUUUUGUUUUGAUGAUUACUUUGCUGCAACUAGACUGAUUCUAUAAAAAAUGAGGCUCUUAUCUUUAGCAUAAUAGUAACCUACUGUAUGGGACUAUUCGAGGUAGUUGCCAUUCUUCAGAGUACAUAAUUAUAUUGCUAGUGUGUAAACAGCUCCAUGAAAAUGUCAAGUUUUUUCCCCUGAGUAUUCACUGGCUGCCAAAUUGUGCUUUGGCCCAGACAGGUAACUAAGUGGGUACAAUGUAGGAUCUAACUGGAAAAACUAUGAGCGUGUAUUGUUGGAAUGGGGUAUUUUUCAAAAUACUUGUUUUGGCAGGAUAUCACUUUGGCAAUAUCAAAUAAUAUAUUGAGUGUAAUCUCCCUUUUUUCUAUGAUCAAGAAGAAGCAAAGCUUUCUCUUUGAAGCUGAAACGUAAAAAUUUACGCCAAAGUUAAGAUACAAUGUCCCGGUAUAGUCACGUUCUAUCGGUACCUGGAAUAAAAAUCAACUCCUAUUGGUGAGAAACACAAGAGGAUUUAAAUGAAUUCUUUGAUGUAAGAAUUUCAAACAGGUACAAAAAAAAGAUUAUAAGCUCCAUUAUCCUGGAAAAAAUGGAUGUAAAUAAUCUAUUUCAGCUGUUACAUUUUUUUCAUAUGGAGUGACCAUAUAAACAUUUAUUGUUGCGAAGGUAAUUGGGUGUUCAAAAAUAACAAAAAC